CGAGAACGAUUCAGGGGUCUGACCAGUUUAGUGGUUUCGGUAACUAAACGAUGCUUAAUAUGAUGCAAUUUGUUUUAAAACGUGAUAUAUAUUAGUGUUCAUUAGUGCGUGGAUAUUUUUUUUUUAGCUAUAUUUACCCAACGAGGCGACUCUACGACACCAAUUUGAGAAUGCAGAAGGUAAUGAUUUGAAUGCGUUACAAAUUCGGCAAAGAAAACUAAUAAAUCGUAAUAUUAGAAGAUAUAAUAAGUGCUACGUACACCAGCAAUAAACAGAAACAAAUAAUUUUAGUAAUUAUAUCUCGAUUAUAUCUUGAUUUAUCAAAAUCGACAUGUGACUAGCCUUAUCUGUGUAACAGUAGAACUGUGUGGUUUAGUUUGUGAAGAAAAUAGAUGCCGAAGGUGUACUUGCGCGUACAGGAUAUGUGCAAAUGUAUACAGAGAAUUUGUAUUUUCAGCUGUUUGGAAUCAUGUUAUUGGCAUCUAAUAGAAGAACGUUUUUGCUUCGACGAGAGCAUAGCCACGUAUCAAGAGUCAAUCACAAAAGAAGAAAAAAACAAUAAUUUUUGCGAUAAUAUGGCAUUCUAUGACAGUGUAUCUGUGAUAGCAGGAAGAGCGAUUGUCACUAUUGAUCCUCUUCCGGUAAAAACGGAAAAGUCUCCAAUCAUAUCGCAACCGAGAAAAAGAAACUUUAUGAUAAAAAGUAAAAGCCAAUCUUCGAUGCAACGCGUUACUCCGGUUAUUUUAGAAACAAAUUAUGAUCUUGAAGAGAAAGAUUGCAAUUCUUUAGCAAAUAACUCUAAAUAUUUAGAAAAAAACGAUGAGGAAGAUUCCUGUACAAAUAUUGUAAAAAAAACUGUGAGUUUCGAAGAUAUAUCUGAUAGAACAUUUGAAAAUUCAGUAGCUGACACACCUGCUAUUUCGGAAAAUACAUUCCUAUCUCCCCCUCCUACCGUAGAAACUCGUAAGAAAUCUCUUAUGGAAAGGAGACAAUCAAGAAGUUUGCAUUUGAAUAUCGACGGUUCCAAAGAAGUACCUAUUAUCAGACAGAGUUCUGUUCCUAAAUUCUUUUUAGAAACUCCAGACACAAAUCAAUAUGAUUCGAUUUUAGUUAAAUCGCCAUUAACUGCCCUGCAAAGUCCUAUUAUUUGCAAAGACGGUUUUUGUUACGAUUUAAAAUCCGUUGUACAAAUUGAAAGUGAAAAAAUUAACGUCGGUGAACAAGAUAAGAAGCAUAUACCGUUGGUUCAUAGAGAAUCGACAUCGCGAUUAUUGCAAAUUAAAGACAAAAUUAAGUUAAAGAAGAGUAAAAGCACUGUUAGUACUAGUAAUAUACCACAUACUAAUUAUAUUUAGUUCUAUGAGAUUAAUGUGAGUUAAUAUUUAAAAAAAAAAACAGUUAACGGAAUGGUACUACUUCAAUGUAUUUUAAAAUUUUUCAUGCUCAAUAAAAUUUUUAAA